UGGCUUAUGAUAAUGCUUAUGGUUACGCGUGACCAGCCGUGCAUACUCAAUUGCAAAGUGCCAUACACCAUGUCACCAUCGUCAUGAAAAUUGAACUUAAUUAUCCUUAUGAUAGAUAAAAGAUGGAUCAUAAUAAGUAUUCUAACUAUUCUUUGCUCCCAUUGUCAAUGUUCAUGCCUUGGCGAUUUAAUACAUACCGGUAAUGGCGGCUGAAGAUAUGUUUGAUGAAAACCUAGAAAGACAAGAAAACCGGUUACUGCUUGAUAACCCUGGUGCAAAUGAUGGCAGCUGCGAGAAGGAGCCAUAUUUUCUAUAUAUCUCAUGUUUUAUUGUGUCGUUCGGGUUUUUUACAUUAGGCUACGAUAUCGGCAUCAUAUCUGGUUCAAUGGUUUUUAUAACCGACUAUUUUUCCUUGACGUAUUUGUGGCAUGAAUUACUUGUUAGUUUAGCAACUGGACCUGCAAUUCUUGGGUCUCUAUUUGCUGGAUAUUCAAACGAAAUUGUUGGGCGCAAAAGGACUUUAAUGGCAUCUGCAAUGGUGUUUGUUAUUGGUACAUUAGUCAUGGCUUGUGCCUUCUCAAAGAAUGUGCUGCUGGUGGGUAGAAUUUUGACUGGAAUUGCCUAUGGUUUUACCAGUGUAUCGUCUAACAUGUACAUUGCUGAGUUUGCACCAGCUAGAAUACGUGGAAAAUUGAUAUGCUUUGCAGGAAUCACAGUUACUGGAUCGCUAUUUUUUGCAGCUUUGGUUAGUGGAAUCUUCAGUGGAGACAAAACUAAUGGAUGGAGAUACAUGCUUGGCCUUGGGGCAGCCCCAGCAAUGCUGUUGUUCCUUGGUGUCAUAUUGGUUCCUGAAAGCCCCAGAUGGCUUAUUCGCAAAGGCCGCAGCCAGGAUGCUGUAAAUGUUUUGCAGAAAUUACGUGGAAAAGAAAAUGUUGAUGAUGAAGUAGAUGAAAUUAAGCAUUGUCACAAAUUGGCAAGGAAAGAGGGAAGCACCUGGAGUAUAUUUUUUCGUAUGAUGCAAGAUUCAAAUGCAAAACAAGCAUUGUUUAUUUCUUGUGGUAUUAUGGCAAUUCAUCAACUGAGUGGAAUCAACACGGUCUUAUAUUACACUGCGACCAUCAUCAAGAUGUCAGGAGUGAAAGAUGAACGUAUUGCAGUUUGGCUCGCAACCGCUCCUGCAUUCACCAACUUCAUUUUCACUUUUGUGGCUAUGUUAACCGUCGAGCAUUUUGGACGUCGUAAACUUCUCCUCGCCAGUACUGCUGGUGUCUUUGUUUCACUUGUGUUGCUCACAGUUACGUUCUAUAUGCAAGCCCAAUCUUCUUCUUUAGUAUCACAAGUGGCAAGAAUCUCUGGAAAUCAGUGUUCUCUAUUGAAGUCAUGCGACAAAUGUUUGUAUAACGAGAUGUGUGGCUUCUGUUAUUAUGAAAAAGGAGCUUUAGUUCAAAAUUCCUCGUGUGUACCGUUAAAAAGUUAUCCAUCAACUAGCAGUCGAUAUUGUGACACAGAAGAUUUUGAAUUAAUUACAUCCUAUGGAUGUCCAUCGAGUCCUGCUCUUCGUGUUCUAACUGUCCUUGGUUUAGUGUUGUAUCUUGUAUUUCACGCUUCAGGACUUGGACCUAUAGCGUACGUUGUGUGCUCAGAAAUAUUUCCACUUUGGUCGCGAUCUACUGGUAUUGCCUGUGCUAUGUCUGUUUCCUUCUUUUUCAAUCUCCUUACAACGAUCACAUUUUUGCAUGCUAGUGAAUAUCUUACGAAAGCGGGAUGGUUUGGUAUAAUAGCCGGAUUCUCGCUGUUUGGUUGGUUUUUCAUCUACUUUUUACUGCCAGAGACCAAAGGCAAAAGACUUGAACAUAUGAACGAGAUCUUUAUGAAAACCAGUGAUUAUUAUGAUUAAGAACUGAUUUAGGUUACUUUUUAGUUUACGAUAAACAUGAUAUACAUUUUGAAUACACCUUUCCUGUAAUAUACCUCACAAGUACUGAGGUACAUGGAAACGAGGUGAGCGGCUAAAACGAGUAGAAAGUCCUUGAUUGGUAGGAUUUCCUGCUAUGACUAUGUACGUAGACCUGAGGUAAUUACUAAAAGGCAUAUUGGAUCGUUCUCUAUCUCUAUUGGUAAUCAAAUAUAUUUAUUC